AUGGCAGCUUUCCAAUUGUGGAGGGACUAUUUCCAGCUGGCCCGCGUGGUGCAAGAGAUGCGCUGGCGGAGCGCGAGGAGCAGCUUGCCGGGAGGGUUCGCGGACCAGGCGCCGCCGCCGCCGCGCAAGGAGGCGCCCCCUGCCGGGGAGAGCAGGCCGGCGCGCCACUGCGCCUUCUGCAAGCACAACGGCGAGUCGAGGGCCAUCUACGCGUCGCACGCGCUGAAGGACUCGGCCGGUAGGGUGCAGUGCCCGAUCCUGAGAAAUUACACUUGCCCUCAAUGCGGGGCAUCUCAGGAUCGGGCGCACACGAGGAAGUUCUGCCCUUUAACCAACAAGGGGUACACGUCCGUCUACAGCUGCAUCCGGAAUUCGGCCGGGAAGAAGGCAAGCAACUUCAAAACUAGCCAGCCUUUCCUAAUUCUUAGAAAUUAG